UUUAAAAGUUGGUGAAUUGUGUAAAAAUGUGAAUAUAUGAAAAUAUGAAAAAGUGAAGAAGUGCACGUACCUACGAAGAUAUGCCAAAGUGCGAAAUUGUGAGUGUUGGCAAGUGUAAAGCAGAGCUAAAUUGAAAAGCAGUAAAAUCGAAAGCGAUAGUCCGCAGUGGAAAUUGGGACGACGAGGACAGCAACGGAAGGAAAUUCACAUUCUUGUAUGUACGCAAAAACAACAGCAAAACGCAAAAGGUUCCUCUUUUGCGGUAAUGCCCUUCAGAGCCCUUUCAAGUUAAACUUUGAACUUACAAGCAUGCAAACUAUAAGGAAAUGUAUAUCAUGCAAAGCCAGAAAGGCUCAUUCUAUGUUGGUGAGUCAAAAAAAUCAAAAAAGGCGAAAGGUUUUGAGGACUGUACUCGUAUAUAUGCAAAGCGAAAUAUAGGGGAAGAGAAUUCCAAGUAACAAAAAGCGUAUUCGUCUUGCAUUAUUAAAAUUCCUUUCGUGUGCAGCCAAGAAGAAAACAUGACACAAAUUGCAAAACUCAAACCCCGCAAAACGCAGCCAAGCCAAAAUCAGCAGCAAUAGCCGGAGCAACUACAGAAACGCCAGCAACAGUAGCUUUUAAAUUUAGCAACGAAAAAAUACUGAGCUUAAGCACGCAAACUUAAAAGCUCACACAAAUUCAUGCACACCCCACUCGUACAGGCAAUCACAGAAUACCUCGCCUCGCUUUAAAGCGUCUACAAUUCUUGCACAUAACACUCGCUCCGAAAGAGGAGGACCUUUACAGUCGUUGUUGCGAUUUAUGUUAAGGACAAGUGGCGCCAUUUGCACAGUUCCUUCAUUCAUCAAGUCUCAACCGUACACAGCAACAAACAGCGCAACCAGCACCACCAGUGAGGACAGCCAGUAAAGUGGUAAGGCGGUACAGGCGGUUUGUAAACAGACGCAACCGCAACGUUUAACAAAGAUUCUUGGCAGCAUUCCACCCUUAUCCGGCUCCAAACUCAUGCUCUCCAACAUAGAGUUUUCAACGUCAGCAGAAUAAAAUAGUGCCGUAGGUGUUUUGCUGUUGCAACGCAACGCAAAAAGCGAGCGGCUUGGUACUUGAGGACGGUGACGUUGGUGUGCUCGACUCGGUAUGGGCGACCUGCAAGCAACAAUUGAAUUUUCCAUUGAGCUCUACAAAUUCUUCAAUGUUGACUUAUUUCAACGAGGCCUCUACCAGGUGCGCUGCGGCCUGCGCGUCUCACCACGACUUCCCGUCCAAGUGGAAACCAGCAUACCAGAUACACCGCAAAACAACGCACAUGCAUCGGAAAAUCACACACAAACGCAGACAGUCACCAACGGUGGUAACGGCGGCGAAAGCAGUGGCGGUGAUGGUGGUGAUGGGGAUGUGCUGCAAGAGCAGCGCGAGCAGCAGGAUGCGAUGCCAAGUAUGCUACAGAACGGCGGAAGCUUAUUGUCAGGAUCUGCAUGCAUAAUCAACGGUUGUGGUGCAUCGCGCGUUUUUCAGAUUCUCUACAGGAAUGAGGAAGUGACGUUACGUGAUGUCAUUCACUUUCGCACACAUUUGCUGGUCGACAGCCGUCACUUGAAGGAAUCCAUUGAACGGGCAGAAUUCUCAUUGCACUUGGAGUUGUGGUUUGGGGAACAAAACGGCAGCAGCUCAUUAUCAUUGGCCUCUACACGCACCUUACAGCUGAAUUUCCAUCCAGGUCGAGGGCUACACUACCAUUUGCCGGUGCUGUUCGAUUACUUCCACUUGGCCGCCAUUAGCGUUGGCAUCCAUGCCAGUUUGGUGGCAUUGCAUCAGCCCUAUAUAAAGAAAACACUUUUCCGUUACAUUAAACUCUGCGCCCCUAAAAGCUCGAAAGCUUGGAGCGGUAAACUAAACUGCCGAGGCAGCAUGUCCCCCGGUCCACUGGAGGCCGUCUUUUUCGGCCCCCAAAUUGUGGGUACCACCAAAUGUAGCGGCGGACCGGCUGGUCGGCUUUUGCAAUCGCGACAGAUACAUCAUGAAGUGUGCAGCCUGUUGUUGGGCGCCAUCGAGAAUCUGAAAGCGACCCUCAAUGAGUUUAGCACAGUGCUGACGAAAAGUAUGAUUAAUCAAAUCGGUUCGCCACCUUUACGAGAGAACGAUGCUUCUGAACGCUUGCAGCACUUAACCGAAGAAGCGAAGCUUCAUGACACCGAAGAAGACUUUGCCAUACGUGCCAAUUCCGACAUCGCUCAGCUGUGUGCCGAGUGCAUUAUGUACUGGCGGCGAGUAUUGCUAGCCUCUUCUCAAACCGCAGUGCACACCCUGCUUGCCAAGAAGCACCACAUCUUGCGAGUGCAACGUUUUGCCGAAGGUUUCUUUGUCAACGAAAACCCGCGUCAUUCUGCAGCUGGUUGCUAUGAUAGCAACUACCAAAACUAUGUAGCUAUAGCCGAAAUGGCGCGCCGCAGCCGGUAUUUACAGUCUUUGCCACCGUUGCCGGUACAUUGCACACCCAUUGAUGGGGACGCCAGCUCGUUACCAUUGAUAUUCGAAGACCGUUAUGUGGAGCCACCAAGCUAUACACGAAGGCGUCCCGGCAGCGAUCCGCAUUUGAAUAGUCACGAAAGUCUUGUGAGCUCUUGUGGCAGCGGUACAACCAAACCACCGCCUCCUCCUUGCAUGCUUGAUAAGACCCACUCGGUGAAUAGUUUGAGCGGGCGCAGUUCGAACUCUAAGGAAUGUGCUUGCACCGUAAAUUUCGAAUAUCAGAGUAGUCCUGGCUGCGUAGCGGGUGUUCUUACGCCACGCUUUGCAUUGGGUGGAGAAAUAUUGCAAGCGAGUUUAACUAUUGCGACGACGGCAGCAGCCAAAGCACCUGAUGCACUUUAUCAACGACAGAUGUCGCGUCACUCCGUAACAGGCCUACUCGAAGACGGUGACGAUACGGAGGCAACUAAGGAGUAUAAUUAUAAUAGUAGCGGCACAUUACCGGCGCGCCACAGCAAAUCUUUGGACCAACUAGACGGCACAGUUCACAGCACUCCCUCAUUGCGCACUCACAGCCAUACACAGCAACUGAACAUGCAUACUUCACAAACACAGUCAGAGUCUAAUUAUAAGCAUUUUAGUGAUGGCGCCAGUGCCUCCAGCUUAGCCAACAAAAUCGACCAGUCAAUGUCGCGUAAACAAAAGGCACAAGCCGAAGAUCUUAUGCGCAACAUUUCGGAGUUCCGACAGAAGUACAAAAGCUGUGAGGACGGCAAACGGUGUGAAUCGAAAUUGCAUUUGAGCAACAAUGGCACGCACGCCAACAAUUUAAGCUCGACUGGCUGCAGCCGAGCCGUCGUAAGCACUGUAAAUCACCAGCUCAGUAGCAAUAGCAACGAACGGGCGGGCAAAUUCGACUAUCUGCACGAGAUACGCAUGCUAAAUUCCCCAAAACAACUUACGCUUUGCUCGCAUUACAAUUCGCUACCAAAAUACAACGGGGAUGGUUUGAUUCCACCGAGAAACUCAUAUCCACCCAUUAAGUCUAAAACAAUGAAUGGCUGUUUAGAAAACGGUACUAAAGUUAUCUCAAAGUCCACGCAGGCAUCUACACAACAACAAAACACUAUACCGCGUAGUAGCUCUUCGCAAGCAUUGCGUCAAAAGUUCCCAGCCGAUACUAGCAUACAAACGAACUCGUCGUCGACUAUUCCGCGAUCAGUAGAAAUUGCACGAGUUCGGGUAUCAGACCUGAAGGAAAUGUUGAAGUGCGGCACACUCAAAAAAGAGUCAAGUAGCUCUGAAAGUGAUAUACCCUCCAAAGUGCUAUCAUCAAAAAGUAGCGACCACAAAAUGCUCUCUUCGGCCAGUGUUCCCUUUAAACUAGAAUCGUUGAACACAACAAGCAGUGAACAAAACACCAGCGGUUUUAGUGAAUCACUACCGAAUCUAGCACCACCACCACAGUUCGGCUCUGGUUCGGGACAAAAGAGGAAGCUUGUGCUUAGCAACUCUACGUCGUCGCUAAGUGAGGAAAGUGGUUGGGUCUCUAGCCGACGCAGUUCACUGGGGCCGUCUAGCCCUGAAACAAUCACAAAUAAUGAAAAAAACGAGAAAAAAGAACAAGCACAUAUCAACGGUAUGGAGACACGGCUCAAUGGUGAGCAACUACGUCUCAAAUUACAACAAUUAUUAGAUCAGCAAAAUCAAAAGACCAUCAAAAAACACAAUUCAGCGAAGCAUGCGAAUCAAAAUCACAAACUCAACACGACCAGUAAUGAAAUAUCUAUUCAUCGCAAAGUAUCAUCAGUAACAUUAAAGAUGAAACCCGAUUACAGUAGAACCGAAUUGCAUUUACGCCGUCAUUUCCAGCAUUUGCCGAAUGGCGAGUCGACGGAAACGGAUGAUUUAGAAAUUCCCUCACGAAGGGAACGCUCGAAACAUAACAAACAUGAAAAAUCGAAAUCAGACUUUGAUUUGGCUAGUUUAAAAGAAAACACACCACUAGAAAAUGUGCGAGUGCCCCCGCCCCAACAGUUCCAAGACGACCUACUACCGCCAGACGAGUUUCGCGAUCCACCCUUGCUGGAUGCACAUGAAAAAGAUGCCAUAAGGAAGAUGAAGUCCAACAACACGACAACUACAGACAUGUCCAAAAAUAACAGCAGCAAGAAAAAUAAUACACACUUAACAACGUCAUCAAAAACUCAUCCCAUCAACGAAAUUCAAAUGUUGCCAACACAAAUUCCAAAAAUGAAACCAAAGCACAACCAAAAUUUAAAGUUCAGCCCGAAAAAGAAUCGUCCAAUACAUACAGUGGUUAUGCAGCCACAAAAUCCAAAAGGCAUGCAACAACCUUCGCCUACUACGACACUUAUUGCCACACCGUCCCACAUAAAGGGCAUGGUCCAGAAGCAAAGCCUACUGGAGGACCUGGUGCCCUCACACGCCAUUGAUAACCCUGUCUAUCACAUUUACGAAUCACUAAAACCCAUAAAUACACCCGCCAUCUUUACAAAGAAACCUUUAUUGAAGUCCCACAGCAUCAUCGAGCCCAAACACAUUCAUGGCGAACAACUCUACAACAGUUAUUGUAAGUCGGCAGCGCAUCAACACGUCACAAACGUUAGCAACGCCGCUGCACACAACGGCCACAGCCAUGAUCACACAACGCAUUCUCAUUCCAUCGAAUGCACCGAAGACGAGGACAAAGAAAACACAGGUAACGCCCAAAACCAAGUGCGGAUUGCGCGCACCGAUAGUCAAAAAUCGAAUAGCUCUCAGUUGUUAACAAAACGAACCAAAACCGAGGGUGUCGGCAGCAGUAGCAAGGAAACAAACAUUUCACUCAUGGAAUUUGAGAAAUAUCGCGAGGAGUUUCGCAAACAAAUCAAAUACACCGGAAGCAUUUAUUCGGACUUCAUAAAGUUAGCGUCCGAACUGCCAUACUUUAGCAUUAGCGACGAGUACCGCACUUUUUCGCCCAAAGGUAUGCAUUUAAUUAUCUGUGUUCAUGGAUUGGAUGGGAACGCAGCCGAUUUGCGACUGGUGCGAACCUAUCUGGAAUUGGGACUACCCGGCGCCAAUUUAGAGUUCCUCAUGUCGGAACGCAAUCAAGGUGACACCUUCUCCGAUUUCGAAACAAUGACCGAUCGGCUUGUUGCUGAAAUACUUUAUCAUAUCGAGACGUGCGGUUUGAAUCCAACGCGUAUUUCUUUCGUCGCACACUCACUAGGUACGAUCAUUGUGCGUAGUGCUUUGGCACGCUCUCAAAUGCGCCCAUUACUACCGCGCCUACAUACAUUCCUAUCGUUAUCGGGACCGCAUUUGGGCACACUCUACAAUACCAGUGGACUUGUCAACAUGGGCAUGUGGUUCAUGCAAAAAUGGAAGAAAUCUGGUUCCUUACUACAGCUUUGUAUGCGCGAUACUGCUGAUCUGCGGAACUCCUUUCUCUAUCGGCUUAGCCAGCGCAGUACCUUACAUCACUUUAAAAAUAUACUGCUCUGCGGCUCCAGCCAAGAUCGUUAUGUUCCAGCGCAUUCAGCACGUUUGGAACUUUGCAAAGCAGCUAUACGCGAUAAUUCCAAUCUGGGAACGGUUUACAGGGAAAUGAUUCAUAACAUAAUCACACCAAUACUGGCACGUCCCGAAUUAAAUUUGGCCCGUUACGACGUCCAUCAUGCGCUUCCGCAUACGGCAAAUACGCUCAUCGGUAGAGCAGCGCAUAUUGCUGUACUCGACUCGGAAUUAUUUAUAGAGAAGUUUCUAUUGAUAGCUGCUUUGAAAUAUUUCAGUUAACCAGAAAAACCUAGCAGAUCAUUAAUUUAAAAAGAGCCAAUUGAAACGGAAUACAAAAAUGGCUAUUAAAUAACCAGAUUGACGAUCUUUGACAUUUUAUUUUAAUUUCGUACAGUUAAUCUGAUUAAAAUUCGAAUGUGACAGACAGUCGUUGCGCGGAUUAGUGAACAGCUGAUUUUUUUUUAUCAGCAAAAGAUGAACCGCAGGCAGCAAAUACGCUGCGCUGAUAC